UCAGCAGUGGAGAGAGAGAGAGAGAGAGAGAGAGAGAGAGAGAGAGAAGCCACCAUUUUAAAGGAAGUCUUAAGAACCUAUGUAAAUUCGUGUUCAUUAAAACCAUCUCCAGUUUUCACUUUCAAAACCCUAGAUCUUAUAUUCCUAAAUUUCCCUCAAAUCCCACCUUUUUCUUUUGUUUCUUCUUAUUUACUGAAUUUCACUGUGCGUUAUUCACAAGCACAGUCUAAAAAGAGCUUUUCUCAAACCCCAUUUUGCAGAUCUGAUAAUUGGGGUCCAUCGCCGCCCAAAUUCUUCUGUAGCUUGUUAUUCAGUUCUCAGAAUUUGGAUUCUUAAUUUUUCGGUUCAGAUUUGAGGGUAUAUAACUGUAUAUGCGGGUUUAGUGUAUUUUUCUGGUUAGAAGAUUCUCAUGGCAAUGCCAUCGGGAAAUGUGGGUGUACCGGAUAAAGUUUCGUAUCAGAGCGGUGGUGGUGGAGUUGCGGUGAGUGGUGGCGGUGGCGAGAUCCAUCAGCACCACCCACGCCCCUGGUUUCCUGAUGAGCGUGAUGGGUUUAUCUCAUGGUUGCGAGGAGAAUUCGCUGCCUCAAAUGCUAUAAUUGAUGCCCUUUGCCAUCAUUUGCGUGCUGUGGGAGAGCCUGGGGAGUAUGACGUGGUUAUUGGAUGCAUACAGCAACGGCGGUGUAAUUGGACGCCGGUGCUUCAUAUGCAGCAGUACUUUUCAGUGGCAGAAGUGAUGUAUGCCCUUCAGCAGGUCACCUCGAGGAGGCAGCAGAGGUAUAUGGAUCCUGUGAAAGUGGGGCAGAAGUUGUAUAGGAGACCUGGACCAGGGUUUAAGCAGCAGCAGGGUCAUCGGGUUGAAGCCACAGUCAAGGAAGAGAUCAACACUUGUGCAGAGUCAUGUAAUGGUGCGAAUUCUUCAAGUCUUGUAGGCUGUAGGAAGGUGGAGCAAGUAAGUAAUACGUGUGAUGAAAGUAAGGCCUCAGGGGAGGAUGGUAAAUUGAAUGAUAAAGAUUCAGAGUCAGCUGAGGACAAUAAAGAUACUCAUGGGAAGGACCAAAGUAAUAGCAAACCAAAGUGUGCAGAAAAUUUAGAAGACAAUGCAAGUAAUAAAGAAUCUCAAGUUGAACCUACUGAUGAUGGAUGUUCUUCAAGCCACAGAGAUAAGGAGUUGCAGUCUGUUCAAAGCCAGAAUGGAAAGCAGUAUGCUGCCAGAACCCCGAGAACCUUUGUUGCCAAUGAGAUGUUUGAUGGAAAGAUGGUUAAUGUGAUGGAUGGAUUGAAAUUAUUUGAAGAAUUAUUGGAUGAUGCUGAGGUUUCAAAGCUUCUUUCUCUGGUGAAUGAUUUGAGGGCUUCCGGAAAGAGAGGGCAAUUCCAAGGUCAGACGUAUGUGGUAUUAAAAAGACCCAUGAAGGGACAUGGGAGAGAGAUGAUCCAACUAGGCUUUCCCAUUGCAGAUGCUCCUCAUGAUGAUGACAAUUCUUCAGGGCUCUCUAAAGUGAACUUUACAGAUAGAAGAAUAGAAUCCAUUCCCUCAUUACUUCAAGAUCUCAUUGAUCGUUUGGUUGGGGAGCAAGUGAUGACAGUGAAACCAGAUUCCUGCAUCGUUGAUUUUUAUAAUGAGGGUGAUCAUUCUCAGCCUCAUGUCUGGCCACCAUGGUUUGGGAGGCCCGUUGGUGUCCUCCUCUUGACUGAAUGUGAAAUGACUUUUGGUAGAGUGAUUGGUACAGACCAUUCUGGCAACUAUAGAGGGGCUAUGAAGUUGUCUCUCACACCCGGAACCCUACUAGUGGUGCAAGGAAAAUCUGCAGAUUUUGCUAAGCAUGCAAUUCCCGCUAUCCGCAAGCAACGUAUACUUGUUACAUUGACCAAAUCACAACCAAAAAGAGCUGUACCAGCUGAUGGGCAACGCACAUCUCUGAAUAUAGGUUCAUUUUCCAGUUGGGGCCCUCCAUCUGUUAGAUCGCCCAACCCUCGUCUUUCCCCUGGACAGAAGCCCUAUCCUACAGUUCCAUCGACUGGGGUGCUACCAGCGCCACCCAUUCGUCCCCAAAUGGCACCACCAAAUGGCAUCCCUCCCUUAAUUGUCCCACCUGUAGCACCACCUAUGCCUUUCCCUCCCGUGCCAAUCCCAACUGGUCCAUCCGCGUGGCCCACUGCACAUCCAAGGCAUCCUCCACCUCGUCUCCCUGUUCCCGGCACUGGAGUAUUCCUUCCCCCUCCAGGUUCAUCCAGUGCUCCAGCUCCAUCUCCUCAACAACCGCCAAACUCCGCAGUUGAGACAGGUUCCCUUUCAGAAAAGGAGAAUGGUUCGACGAAAUCUGAUCACAAUUCAGGUACUUCUCCAGGUGAAAAACCAGAAGCAAAGCCGCCUCAAAGACAAGAAUGCAAUGGAAGUAUGGAUGGAAGUGGGAGUGAUAAAGUGAAAGAGGAAGAGCAGCAGCCGCAGCAGCAACAGGAGGAGCAAAAUGAGAAUCCGCAGGCCCAAAAUGCAGGAGGUGGAGCAGUUUAGAGAAGAAAAUACAUUAUUUAAGAGAAAAGAGAGAGAAAGGAAACCAGGUAGGCUGCAGAGUUGAAUGAGUUACAAGCAAAAUGUAGAGAGCGGCAACAUUCAAGACUGAUGAUUUUCACACACUAAGACAAUACUACUACUACCAAGGAAAACAAGGGGAGUUCUCUUUCAAAAUCCUUUUAGUUCAUUCCUUUUUUUUUGUCCUGAAAAAUUAUUGGUUAGAUGGGAAAACUCAUUCCUAAUGGAACUUUGGAUCUUACUUAUCAUCUUUUAAAAAAGAGAUUUUUGAGAAGUCAGAACCAGUUGGGAUUAUUUUUUGUGUUUAAACAGGUGAAAAGAGAAGGAAAAAAGCUAACCCCUUGAAUUAUCAUGGACUGGAUCUUCCCCCCUCGGAUAUGAAAUUAAUCAAUAGUUCUAUACUUUGCAAAUGUAGAGAGACAAAUCUUUGGCCUUUCUUGUUGAUCAGAAUAUAAUGGAUUAAGAUUAGCUUCUCUUUAA